CGGGCGCUGGUAUCGGAGUGCCGUCCGAAGUCCUCUGCAGGUCAUUAGUUUCCCAUCACUUCAGUUGCACUUGAGUGGAACAGCAAUGAGAGCCAGUCAGGAGGACUUUGAAAGUGCAAUGAAUCAGGUAAAACUGUUGAAGAAGGAUCCAGGAAAUGAAGUGAAGCUAAGACUCUAUGCACUAUAUAAGCAGGCCACUGAAGGACCCUGCAAUAUGCCCAAACCAGGUGUGUUUGACUUUAUUAAUAAGGCCAAAUGGGAUGCAUGGAAUGCUCUAGGCAGUCUGCCCAAGGAAACUGCCAGGCAGAACUAUGUAGAUUUGGUAUCCAGUUUGACUUCUUCAUCUGAGCCCUCCAGCCAAGUGAAGCCUGGAGCAGACAGGGGACAACAGGAAUAUGAAAACCUAGUGGUGACCUCUGAAGACGGCAUCACAAAGAUCAUGUUCAACCGGCCUACCAGAAAGAAUGCAAUCAGCACCCAGAUGUAUCAGGAAAUCAUGCUUGCACUUAAAGCUGCAAGCAAGGAUGACUCGACCAUAACUGUUGUAACAGGAAAUGGUGACUAUUACUGUAGUGGGAAUGAUCUGGCUAACUUCACUGAUAUUCCCCCUGGUGGAGUAGAAGAGAAAGCCAAACAAAGUGCUAUUAUGCUGAGGGAUUUUGUAGGCACUUUUAUAGAUUUUCCUAAGCCUCUGGUUGCAGUGGUAAACGGUCCAGCUGUGGGGAUCUCCGUCACCAUCCUCGGGCUGUUCGAUGCUGUGUAUGCCUCUGACAGGGCAACAUUUCAUACUCCUUUUAGUCAUCUAGGCCUAAGUCCAGAAGGAUGCGCCUCUUACACUUUUCCGAAGAUAAUGGGCCCAGCCAAGGCAACAGAGAUGCUUAUUUUUGGAAAGAAGUUAACAGCAGGAGAAGCAUGUGCUCAAGGACUUGUUACUGAAGUUUUUCCUGAUAGUACUUUUCAGAAAGAAGUUUGGACUCGGCUGAAAGCAUAUUCAAAGCUCCCCCCAAAUUCCAUGAGAAUUUCAAAACAGGUCAUCAGGAACAUGGAGAAAGAAAAGCUACAUGCUGUUAAUGCUGAAGAAAGUAGUGUCCUCCAGGAAAGAUGGCUAUCAGACGAAUGCAUAAAUGCAACCAUGAACUUCUUAUCCAAAAAAGCAAAACUGUGAUGACUAAUAUAGCAAAGUUAAGCAUUUCGAAGGAGGGGAUGUGCUAUGAUUUCUAAUUUCCAAUACUUCAACUAAAUAAACUUCACUGUGCCUUUUUUUCAGUGAUGAAAUAUUUAUGAUUAUUAUAUUCACUAGAGCCGUGAUAAAAAAUUAUAUAAAACAA